AUACACGUUCCUCGUGCUCUUGUGAUUAUAAAUUUAAUAAAUACAAAAUUUUAAAAUUAACCGCGUCUAAUCGAAAAUAUUUUUAGGCUAAAACCCCUCCACUCUCACGUUUUUGACUAAACUGGUGGCAGUGGAAAAAAUUUUUUGCAAAAUUUUUAAUAUUUACGUCGGUUACAUUUGUAAAGAGAUUAAAACGUUUGGCCGUUAUUGAGAAUACUUUUAUUUAAAAUUUAUUUUUCCUAAUGAACUUUAGCGAGUCCUCGAGUGGGCGAUUUAUAGUAGUGUAAUAACUAGGAGUUCAUGUUAAGCGUUAAUAUAAUAUUAAGGAAUUAGGCGUAACUUACAAUUUUAAGAUAUUGACUGCCACAAAUAGGUCGGUCAAUUGGACUUAGUUUAGUAAUUAUUGGACUAAUAUUUUUGUGUUAAACUCGGACUUGAGCAAUUGUGUUAUAAUUUCAAGAAGAUCGUCACUUGACCAAGAUAAUCCAUCACCAAUUGGCGUGAGACAUCCACCUUCUUUCCUCAUUUAAGAUCGAUCGGAGGCCACGGGCAUCUUUUGGACCGGAUAAGUGCUAAAAACUACUUAUGAGCGGGCGAUGUGUCGCAAGUAGCGCGGUGGGGCCCUGCCCGCCGCCCGCCCGGCCAAUCGUGGCUCGUCUCGCCUAUGAUGUCAUCGGAGGAGGAGGCCGACUCACACGCGCCGUACUCGGAUAAACUGCUAAAGAAACAGAAACGCGCCAGACAGCGCGUGGACGCCGGCGAGCCGCGCAAUUCUUAUUCGACUCUCGCGACGAACGGACUCGCGCCCGCGCGCGCCGCACUCAUGAGUGGCGGACUUUACGGCGCCAUCUUCGAGGGCCGCCAACACUUCGGUCUCUUCGGACCCGGAUACGCUCCGGCUGAAAUGCUCAACGAACUUCUCGGACGAGUACCUAAACAGGAAGACUCCGGCGAGGAAACCAGCGGAGGAGACAUCGCUAACCAUGUCCUCCGCGGCAUCCUUCAAAAGAGCAAAAAGGAGUUCCUACGCCUUUCCCCUGACAAUAAUAAUGUGCUUGCAAAUAAUAACAACGAUGAGCCUAAGGAAAAACGUUCACCUGAACGACCUGCCUCUAACGAGUCUCGGCCGGACCUCGAUGACGCUUUGUUAGGACUCGACAGUGCCGGUAACUCGCGGACGUCACCGCCUCCGGCGCCUUCGUCUGAACCUCUAGUGGCUCCCAAAUCAGAACCUGAGGAUCGUGAUAGUGACGCUCAACGUUCAUCACCUCGGCCUCAGGAUGUGAAACGUGCUCGUGUUGAAAAUAUUGUGUCGACCAUGCGUUCAAGUCCCGCGCCCCAACCACAAGUGAAUGGUUGCAAGAAAAGAAAACUUUACCACCCGCAGCAACACGACGGAGCAGCGGAACGCUAUGGCACCAGCCACGGGAGCAGUGCACAAACGGUGUCCGAUGACUCUGAAGAUGACGGUGAGGGACCUCCGCUUCAACAAAAACUUGUAGAAAAGAAUGCAUUAAAGUCUCAAUUAAGGACCAUGCAAGAACAACUAUCGCAGAUGCAAGAGAAAUAUAUGCAAUUGUACAAUCGAAUAGGUCACGAAUCAGAGACGAUCGAUAAUGAUGGUGCUUCUAGUGACAUAGAACAGACAGAUGACCCAAUUCCUAAGUCGGAGCCCGCAUCACCGCCAGCGAAAGAAGUACCGCCACCGAUAACGAACAAUACGACACCAAACAUGCUUUCACAAGUGAUGAGUAAAGUGAUGUCCGCGCGUAUGCAUGCCGCAAGCCACCCGCACCUCCCGCCUGGGUUCAACGGCUCGCUGCCGCUAAUGCCGCACUUGCCGCCCGGUGAUCAUAUGCACCCUCCGCACCCGCACCAACAUCUCAACAACGCUGCGGCCAUGUACCUUAAUGUCAGCCAAAAAUUGUUCCUAGAGCAGCAAGAGGCUCGAAUGAAAGAAGCGGCUGAGCAACAACAAAAUAAUCAACAACAAAGAGCGACAUCAAAUCAGCAUUCCCCACAACAAAGGCAACUCGCACAGACUUCUAAGCCACCCCUCACCUCAGAGUUAGCGGAACGGCUAGAUGCGUUAAGAAGUAAUGCCGGUUCCGUGGGAUCAGUCACUGGUGCUGAUAUCGAAGGCCUAGCCGAGGUGCUCAAAAAUGAAAUUACGGCUUCUUUGGCAAGUCUUAUCGACUCAAUUGUCACUCGCUUCGUGAAUCAGCGACGAAUGUUAGGAAAACAAUCUGAGGCUGCUGCUGCUGCUGCGGAACAACUAAACAAGGACCUGUUACGAGCGACGCGGUUACUGGAUAGAAAAUCACCGACGCUGAAACAGCCAGAGAGACCAUCGGGGCCAAUGUCACAAAUGCCAGGUAAUCCAACCGUCCAUCAUUCGGGACCGCCAAAUGGCGUCCCAUUUAUGACCCAUAAUCCGAUGCUGAUGAGCCAAAUGAACGGACCCCGUGCCCCGGUCGGCGCAGCGUUCCCGCUGCCCUCUGAGGCAGGUGGGCCCGUACACAACACUCACGUGCGCCCUCCAACAGGCAUGUUCCAGACACCGCCGAAGCCGCUGGCUCCUCUCUACGGACCCAUGAACGGGCAUUUCGAGCGUGAACCAAACCCAGAACAGAAUGAGGCACUGAGUCUCGUAGUGACACCGAAGAAAAAGAGGCAUAAGGUGACAGAUUCACGAAUUACGCCUCGGACGGUUAGCCGCAUACUAGGAGAAGGCGUGGGACAUUCACCAGAGAAUAAAUUCCCGGAGUCGCCGUCGCCGCGGCCGUACCCGGGCGGGAUGGCGUUGCCAACGUCGGUCGCGAUACCUAAUCCGUCACUGCACGAGAGCCAAGUGUUCUCGCCGUAUUCACCUUUCUUCGGCGCGGGUGGUGGGUUGGCGCGAUCACCCCCAGCACCCGAGCGCGAUUCGCCACCGUUGCCGCACGCGCCGGCGCUGCUGCACCCUGCGCUGCUGGCUGCUGCUCACCACGCCUCACCCGACUACCUGCGCCACCACCACGCGCAGCUGCCACAUCACGCCUUGCCUCACCACCCGCAGCCCAUGGACCAGCAGGAUCCGCACUCAGACUGCAACUCCACUGACCUGCCUUACGAUGGAAUACAGCCUACUAUAUCCUUUUCAAUGUACUCCUCAACGCUGACGCCGAUGCACCUGCGCAAAGCCAAGCUGAUGUUCUUCUGGGUUCGCUAUCCGAGCUCCGCAGUCCUCAAGAUGUACUUCCCUGACAUCAAGUUCAACAAGAACAACACUGCACAGCUGGUCAAAUGGUUCUCCAAUUUUAGAGAGUUCUACUACAUUCAGAUGGAGAAGUAUGCGCGGCAAGCUCUCAGUGAGGGCCUGAAGACGGCCGAGGAUUUGCAUGUAGCUGGUGACUCUGAGCUAUACAGGGUGCUCAAUUUGCAUUACAACAGAAAUAACCAUAUUGAGGUUCCACCAAACUUCAGAUACGUUGUAGAGCAGACUCUUCGUGAGUUCUUCCGCGCUAUCCAAGGCGGCAAGGACGUGGAGCAGAGCUGGAAGAAGUCCAUCUAUAAGGUGAUCUCGCGGCUCGAUGACCCCGUGCCCGAAUACUUCAAGUCACCUAACUUCCUCGAGCAGUUAGAGUGAGCGCCACAUCGACGCGACGCACACACUUUCGGCUAAGUUAAAUUAAAUGAAAAAGCAAAGAAAAGUCAUUGGACGAUUGUUUCGCACACCAAAAUUUUACGACACUCGCAUUUAGGCCUUCAGAUUCAAAAUUAUUAAUAAAACGUUAAAUUAAAUUAUUAAAAAAAUGUUUGAAUUUGUACGUUGGACGUCGAGUGGCGUGGCUGGGCGCGCGGUCCUCGCCACGCCACAGCCCGCGCUCUACUAGGAAAUUCAUUAGGUUAUACGAGUAAGAGAAAUUUAAGUCACCUAGAAUUUUAUUUCUGCACAUAAUAU